UGUUCCUCACGUGUUGUUGUUGUGAAGAAGAAAAGAUGGCGGCUCCUGUCAGUGAAGUCUUGUCCGUGGUCGCUGUUAAAAAACCUUCAGGACCACGAGGACCUCGGCGGGUAGCCAAUCAGAUUCCUGAUGAAAUCCUGCAAGACUCCGAGUUACAGGAGGCAAUCAAAGUGCUGCCGGCGAAUUACAACUUUGAGAUUCACAAGACGGUUUGGAGAGUGAGACAAGCCAAAGCUAAGAGAGUGGCUCUGCAGCUUCCAGAGGGCCUGCAAAUGUUCGCCUGUGUCAUCGCUGACAUCAUUGAGAGGUUCACGGAGGCAGACACCAUCGUGUUGGGAGACGUGACGUACGGCGCCUGCUGCGUGGACGACUUCACUGCUCGAGCUCUGGGAGCGGAUUUCAUGGUGCACUAUGGACACAGUUGUCUCAUCCCCAUAGACGCCACGGCGGGGAUUAAGAUGCUCUACGUGUUUGUGGACAUCCAGCUGGACAACGCACACUUCCUGGACACGGUCAAGUUCAACUUUAACCCGGGACAAACUCUGGCCCUCGUCAGCACCAUUCAGUUUGUGGCCGCUCUGCAGGCUGUGAGCUCAGUCCUCAAGUCAGAGUACGACAUCCUGGUGCCACAGUGUCGACCUCUGUCACCGGGAGAAGUUCUGGGCUGCACCUCCCCUCGCUUGGACCGCCAUGUCAACGCCAUAAUUUAUCUGGGAGAUGGAAGAUUCCACCUGGAGUCGAUCAUGAUCGCAAACCCAGAGAUUCCUGCCUACAGAUAUGAUCCGUACAGUAAGAUUUUCACCAGAGAGUUCUACGACCACGAGGCCAUGCGUGCACUGAGGCUCCAGGCUGUCGACAAGGCUCGCUCGGCCCAGAGAUGGGGUCUGAUUCUGGGCACACUGGGUCGACAGGGCAGCCCUAAAAUCCUGGAGCACCUGGAGACGAAGCUGCAGUCGCUGGGAAAAGACUUCAGUCGAGUUCUUCUGUCCGAGAUCUUCCCCAACAAACUGGAUCUGAUGUCAGACGUGGACGCGUGGGUCCAGAUCGCUUGUCCACGCCUCUCCAUCGACUGGGGCUCCGCCUUCUCCAAACCUCUGCUGUCUCCAUAUGAGGCUGCUGUGGCUCUACGGGAAGUCGACUGGAAGGAAAAUUACCCCAUGGACUUUUACUCCAACCAGAGUCUGGGGCCGUGGACGCCGAACCAUCCUGACCACCAACCUGCUCGACCCGCACGCAGACCUGCACAGCAACAUGACUCACGCCCAGAGAGAGAGCGAGGUGAUGGGUAUCAGUGGGCAGGGAGCAGACAGCAGCACCUCAGCAUCUGUUACCACGGUUACCGCCUCUCAUCAGCCAGCACUGGUGAAAUAUUUGUCUUGAGCUGCUCGACAGUCUGUGGUUGCCACCGUCGCCUGGUUCUUCUCUUCAUGAAGCUCCAUUCAUUUUCAAUAGGAGACAGAUGUGGACAGCAGACAGAUGUGGACAGCAGACAGGACAGAGAAUGAGACCUGAUGUACUGCUGAAAAAGACAUGGAGUUUGUGGUUAAACAUGUUCUUGUACAUCAGUGGAACCUUCUCAUCUAUGAAGAUCAACCAUGCCAUGUUCUCUGACAGAUGCUGGGGUUUUUUUUUUGUAUCUUUCCUAAAUAACCGUCUUUUUCAUCUCUGCCAUGGAGAAUCUGUGAGUUUGUCAUGUGACCACAGAAUGUUUCCACUGUGUCUCACUUCAUCUCCGAUGAUUUCAGGUCCAGAGACGAGGACUUUUUCCGAUGUUCUCACAGAAACGAGACAGUUUCUCGCACAGUAUCACCCGAGGGCCUGAUGUUCACGCACAUUCAGGACCAAUUUCUGCUCUUGGUAUUUACUCACACUGAGAUUUCCAACUGUAGAUGGUGAUAAAAAGCUGGUGGACCACGACACUUGGUAAAUGUUUCACACCCAAUCAUCAUACCUUCACGGUGAAGGUUUCACGAUUAAUCGAGUCAUCGCUUGGUCCACAAAGUGUCAGAAAAAGCUGAAAAAUGUUGGAAAUGAUGAUGUUUUCGAAUGUCUUUGUUUUUGUCCACAAACCAAAAUGAUUAAGUUUUUAAUGAUGUCUUUGUUUUAUGGAGAAAAUAUUCACAUUUAAGAAGCUGAAACAAACAGAAAUCUUGUUUUAAUCAUGAAAAAAAGCUUAAAAAUAGUUGACGAUUAAUCGAGUAAUUGUUUCAGCUCUUGUGCGCUCCCAUUCAAUUUUGGUAAAAAUCAACCCACUGAUAACGUCACAAAAAAAAAGAUCUUACAAAAAUAAUCUGAUAAGAAUUUGCAUGAUAUGUGGUAUGUGUUUGCAGGGUCCUACACUUUAUCAUGAGACUCAAUUUAAUCCACAUCUGAUCCAGAUUACGUGUUUUGCCUCAAUUUAAAUAUAACAAAGUUCUACAGAAGUUUCCUUCUACAGUUUGUCACUCAAGUGUGUUGCCAAUAAAGUUUGCUAAGAAUCCACCCCCUGAUGACGUCACAAAAACAAACAAAACGGGGCUAAACUGUAGAUUGCGUAGUACAGAUUGUGACGUCUGAACAGAUCACGAUGAAUUUGGUUACGUUUAUGUCGGAUGGUGAUAAAGAUCCACAAAGUU